AUGAAAAUCGUGAUACAACGCCAUCCAUCGUCGCCCAGCGUCGUCCAUCGUCGCCCAGCGUCGUCCAUCGUCGCCCAGCGUCGUCCAGCGUCGCCCAGGGUCGUCCAGCGUCGCCCAGCGUCGUCCAGCGUCGCCCAGCGUCGGCCAGCGUCGCCCAGCGUCGUCCAUCGUCGCCCAGCGUCGUCCAUCGUCGCCCAGCGUCGUCCAUCGUCGCCCAGGGUCGUCCAUCGUCGUCCAUCGUCGUCCAUCGUCGUCCAUCGUCGCCCAGCGUCGUCCAUCGUCGUCCAGCGUCGUCCAUCGUCGCCCAGCGUCGUCCAUCGUCGCCCAGCGUCGCCCAGCGUCGCCCAGCGUCGCCCAGCGUCGCCCAGCGUCGUCCAUCGUCGCCCAGCGUCGCCCAGCGUCGCCCAUCGUCGUCCAUCGUCGUCCAUCGUCGCCCAUCGUCGUCCAUCGUCGUCCAUCGUCGCCCAUCGUCGCCCAGCGUUGUCCAUCGUUGCCCAGCGUCGUCCAUCGUCGCCCAGCGUCGUCCAUCGUCGCCCAGCGUCGUCCAUCGUCGCCCAUCGUCGUCCAUCGUCGUCCAUCGUCGCCCAUCGUCGCCCAGCGUCGUCCAGCGUCGCCCAGCGUCGUCCAUCGUCGCCCAGCGUCGCCCAGCGUCGUCCAUCGUCGCCCAGCGUCGCCCAGCGUCGUCCAUCGUCGCCCAGCGUCGUCCAUCGUCGCCCAGGGUCGCCCAGCGUCGCCCAGCGUCGCCCAGCGUCGCCCAGCGUCGCCCAGCGUCGCCCAGCGUCGUCCAUCGUCGUCCAUCGUCGUCCAGCGUCGUCCAUCGUCGCCCAGCGUCGUCCAUCGUCGCCCAGCGUCGUCCAGCGUCGCCCAGCGUCGUCCAUCGUCGUCCAGCGUCGUCCAGCGUCGCCCAGCGUCGUCCAUCGUUGUCCAAUUUCGUGUAACGUUGUCCAUUAA